AUGUUCGUCUAUGGUCCGCGAAUUGUUAACGAUUCGGACGUGGACUCCAGCACGGAGGAUGAGUCCGAGGAGACGAUUUUGCGUCGGCGGGAGGAAUGCGAGAGGAAGGCGCGUAGGGGCGAGAUGGACCCCAGGUUGGAGUACACCUUUCAGCUGCUCAUCGAUGGCACCGGACUGAGCAGGCACGAGAUUAUGGACCACGUGUUCGAGGGAAACAUGCUGGACGAAAUUAACCAACUGUUCAUUCCCCACGCGAAAACGAAACUGAUGUGGUUCUACCAGGACAUGGAGGAGGAGGUCGAGGUGCCGGUUGAUGUUAACAAACCCGGUACCAGUCGCACCCUGCAGACGAGCGUUAGUCGCACGCAUAACACGGUGACGAAGAAGAAACUCUUCCUCACGGACGGCUGGGAGUAUCCUCUUACCGGAAUUUGCAUUUACAUCUUUCGAAUUAACACAACGAAACAGCUCCCAGAGGAAGGCUUCCACAAGGACCUGUACUGUGGCGUAAUCGACGCGGAGAGAAUCGGACUGGUAACCGCGGUCGAACGCAUUAUUCGACACGUUUUCAUGGAGGCGCUCGCCUUUCCCAGCAACGACUGCGAGGACGACGCCUCCAACUGCCCCAUGGUCAAAAACCAACUUCUACCGGGACUCAGAUCGUUCUGCAGCGCACUAAAAGUUUGCGAGGAGGUCUGCGGCAAACCGAAUAUCUUCGACGACGGCAGAACGCUCGUGUCGGGCCUGAACGUGGAGCAACUGAAGGAGCUGGCGAAACAACCUGACGAAGUGGAGUUUUUGCAGAACAGGGUGAAGAAUUGGAUGAAGUACCUUUCGGACACCCUUAAGGAGAGCGACCAGAUUCGUAGGGAGAAUGACUCCUCAGGCCCUCAAGACGAACUGGAAUACUGGAAGAAACGUGGCGCCACAUUCUCGCAGAUCGUCAACCAACUCCAAGUGCAGGAGGUGCAAUUUACCAUCAUGUGCCUCCAGUUCGCGCGCUCCAAGGUAAUGAAGGAGUGGCGCGAGACCGACCAGAAAAUCACCUUUUGUUACAACGAGGCCAAGGACAACGCAAAGUUCAUACAGGCCCUCGAAAAGAACUGCCACUCCCUUUACCUGGACGAUCCCGUUAAAAUGAAAGACUCAAUAUUGGGCCUACUGCAAACCGUACGAUUAAUCCACAGCGUCUCCCAAUUCUACAACACCUCCGAGCGAACCUCGGCCCUCAUGGUGAAGAUCACAAACCAGAUGAUCGAGACGUGCAAGGAGUACGUGACCUGCAGAGGUAACGAGACGAUCUGGUCGCAAGACAGGGCCCUCGUCAAAGAGAAACUGACCCAGUGUAUCGUGCUGAAUCAGAUCUACAGGCGCACGUACCACACCGUCAAAAGCCAACCCUUCAUUCCCGACCAGAUGCCCUUUAACUUCUCCGAAAACUACGUCUUCGGCAAGUUCAACGCGUUUUGCAACCGCCUGGGAAAGAUCAUCGCAAUGUUCGACAUCAUCGACGACUUCAGCGAGCUUUUCAAGAAGCGCAUGGAAGGCCUUUUGCUGGGCGAAACUCUAGACGAGGCGGUUUUGAGCUUCAACGAGGCCGAAGGGAUAAUCGUCAACAAGCCCUACGACUACUUGGACCAGCGAAACGCCGAGUUCGACAACGACUUUCAAUCGUUCCUGGCGCGUCUCGAGGACCUGAAGAAGGAGAUCGCGAACAUCAUCGAGCUCAACUACGAGAACGUAUGGGAGACGCCUCAGGGCAUCAAGUUCCUCUCCAAAUUCGAGAAGGUCAAGGAGAAGAUUCCGCUAACGAACAUGGACAACAAGUACGAGCGCAUACUGAAGUACUGCGAGAAGGAGGUGAGCCGUAUCGUUACAAUGUACAAGAAGGAGAAGGACGAUCCGCCGGUGUGUCGGAUGUUUCCGCCGAUUGCGGGGCGAAUUAAGUGGGCGAGAUCCUUGGUGUAUCAUCUGUCGGAACUUAUGGAAAACGUGACCGACCAUCCGAUUUUGAAAACGCUACCAGCCGCCGUCGAGCUCACUAAGAGGUACAAAAAUGCGGAGGCCAUGUUGAAGGGCUACGAGAAAGAUAUGGUUGAGAUAUGGAUGUCGCAGCAUGUAUGGGACGUAGACAAGUGCCUCAGCAGACCUUUGAUAGCAAUCUGCUCCGAAACGCAAACCUUCAAGGUCAACCUGCACAACAGCAUCCCUCUACUGAUUAGAGAAUCGGACAUACUGUCGAAAAUGGACCUUCCUCUGCCCAUGGUCGCCCUCACCUUGUAUACCAAGCAGGACCAUUUCACGCUGAUCAAGGACUCUUUGCAGUUUCUCAUCAAUAACACGCUGGAAGUAAUGCGCGGGGUCAAGCAGGAGAUUAGGCCGCUACUUCUGCCGCAGCUGGUGAGAUACAUUAGCUUGCUUUCGCCGGCUUUGAGCGAGGUGACUUGGGUGUCGAGCGAUUGGAAGUCUUUCGUGGAUGGCGUGAACGGCGGAUUGGACGCGUUUAAAGUUUUGGUCGAUCGCACACAUGACAUCUACGCAAACCGCAUUCUCGAGGUCCUCGCCGCCAUGCAGACGGUCACGCUUCACUCGCUACCCGACGUGGACGAAGAACCGUGGAGCCUGGAGGACUUUUGCGAGCGCACGGAGACGGUCUGUCGACUGGCCGCUACCGACUUGCAUCGCAAGAGUUUGAUGGUUGAGGAGGCCGUCGAGGAGAUUAUUGACUUGGUGCGCAAGGCUCAGCAGAGGCACCCAACGUACGUGGGAGAUGAAGUCUUCUAUUUUGACGAUGACGUCCAGGGCGAAGGUCAGAUCGACGCCGAUAGCGUUUCGACUCAGCAGCCCGCCGAUUGGAGCCUAGUGUGCGAGUGCUUCGAGAAACCGCACAUUUUAGUGGGCGGUGGUCUUCUGAGGGCGCUCCAAGACACAGUUAAAGGGGCGAUGAGCGAGAUGAGACGAUUUUACAGUCGCAAAGUGGUCGACGUCCUGACGAAGAUCACGCGCCACUCUCUGGACGUUCUCAGGAGACGCUUUACAGAGUUCGAAGAUGGCGUCUGGUCGCCUGUUUUUGUUCUAAACUCCAUCCUUAUGAUACCCAAAGUGGCGAUACAGCCGAACUUGGACGACGUACAGGACGCGUUGGUUCAGGCCGGCAAGUUCAUAACCUCGGUUUCGAGGGGAGUGGGGCAGUGGACCGGCGGAAAACCCGAGACGCCGGUCAAGAAGUCAAAGUGGAAAAAAUUGGUCGGCCACCAACGAACGCUUUUGGAAAUUGUAUCUCGUUGUACCGAACAGAGAUCGUCGAAGCACGGCGUUAAGAGCAGGGAAGAAGAUUUUAGGACUAGGCGUAGGCGUCUGUACCGGCUGACGACCGAGGAGAAGCCCGCGUUUCCGAUUCAGGCGAGGAACUUUUACAAUAACGUUAUGGAAAACAAGGAGGUGGUGAAGACGCUUUCGUUACUGUCGACGUGCACCCAGAAUAUGAAACAGGACCUAAAUAACUUCUUAACAAAAUGGCGACCGUACAACAUGUUGUGGCGCAACGAAAAGUCACAGCGCGAACUUCUAAACUGCUGCUUGUCGGAAUUCGAGUCUUCGCUGCAAAAACACGAAGAGCUCGACAGUCGUCUAUCAAUCGAGCCCGAUAUGCACAACAUCGGCACUUUCCUCGCGAUAUCAACCGAAAGGCUCAAAUACGGGCUUAACAUUGAGAUCAAAUCCUGCACCCAGAGAAUUGGGAUGGCGAUGAAGAAGAAGUACCGUCGCGAAAUGGACUACGUUUACGCCGUCAUAAACGAAAUGGCAAAAAAGCUGGACAAGUCGAUACGCGACCUGGACGACGUGCGUCUAAUUAUGGACACCCUGAAGAAAAUCCGAGAGCAAGAGGUCGACAUGGAGUUGAAAAUUGAACCGAUCGAAGAGGCGUUCAACAUCCUGACCCGUUACGAGGUCAACGUCGAGAAGACCGUGCUCGAGCAGGUCGACAAUCUGCGCUACACCUGGACGGAGCUCAUGCAGAAAGCGCUCAAGGUCAACGUGGACCUGCUCGCGAUGCAGCCCCACUUUCAGGGGGAGCUCAGGACGAACUUGGCGAACUUCAAGCAGGACAAGAUCGAUUACUGCAACGAGUACCGGGACGCCGGGCCCAUGGAGCCGGGACUCGCGCCUCGCGAGGCCUCCGAUCGGCUCAUACUGUUUCAGAAUCGCUUCGACGGCAUGUGGAGGAAAUUGCAAACCUACCAGAGCGGCGAGGAGCUCUUCGGGCUGCCCACCACCGACUACCCGGAGAUGGCCCAGAUACGCAAGGAGCUCAAUUUGCUUCAGAAGCUCUACAAGCUGUAUAACGAUGUCAUCGAUCGCGUGAACAGCUACUACGACAUUCCAUGGGGGGAGGUUAACAUUGAGGAGAUCAAUAACGAGCUGAUGGAGUUUCAGAAUAGGUGCCGGAAGUUGCCGAAGGGUCUCAAGGAGUGGCCGGCUUUCUUCGCGCUUAAGAAGACCAUUGACGACUUUAACGACAUGUGCCCGCUGCUGGAGUUGAUGGCGAAUAAGGCGAUGAAGCCGAGGCAUUGGCAGCGAAUAAUGGAUUCGUUGAAGUACACGUUCGAGCUGGAGAGCGAUGGUUUUUGUUUGAAGAACAUCUUGGAGGCGCCCCUGCUGCAGCACAAGGAGGAUAUUGAGGAUAUUUGUAUUUCAGCGAUGAAAGAGCGCGACAUCGAGGCGAAACUCCGCCAGGUGACCAACGAGUGGUCGGUACAGGAGCUGACCUUUAUGACGUUCAACAAUCGAGGCGAGUUGCUGCUGCGCGGCGACACGACGGCGGAAACAAUCGGGCAACUCGAGGACAGUCUCAUGAUACUCGGCUCUCUGCUGUCCAACAGGUACAACGCGCCGUUUCGCAAGCAAAUCCAGCAGUGGGUCACCGAUCUUUCGAACACCAACGAAAUUUUGGAAAGGUGGCUGUUGGUACAAAACAUGUGGGUCUACCUGGAGGCGGUGUUCGUCGGUGGCGACAUCGCCAAGCAACUGCCGAAGGAGGCCAAACGGUUUUCAAAGAUCGACAAGUCGUGGCAGAAGAUAAUGCAGAGGGCUCACGAGACGCCCGGUGUCGUCUCUUGCUGCGUCGGCGAUGAUUUGCUGAAGCAGCUGCUGCCUCAUCUCCAAGAGCAAUUGGAGCUCUGUCAGAAGUCGCUCAGCGGUUACCUGGAGAGAAAACGCAUGAUGUUCCCGCGCUUCUUCUUCGUCUCCGACCCCGCUCUGCUGGAGAUCCUCGGGCAGGCCUCCGACUCGCACACCAUCCAGAACCACCUCCUCUCGAUCUUCGACAACACCCGGUGGGUGAAGUUUCACGACAUCGAGUACAACAAAAUGACCGCGAUCGUGUCGUCGGAACACGAGGUGAUACCCCUCGAGAAGGCGGUCCGCGCCGAGGGCAGCGUGGAGACUUGGCUAACGCAGCUUCUGGUCACCUCCCAGGUCUCCCUCCACUCGAUCAUACGACAGGCGAACCUCAACAUCAACGACACAAACUUCAACCUGCUCUUCUUCCUCGACAAGGUACCGGCCCAGAUCGGCCUGCUCGGCUUGCAGAUGAUUUGGACGAGGGACGCCGAGCUCGCCCUGAUGCAGGCGCGAAUGGACAAGAAGAUCAUGGCGGAGACGAACAACAAGUUCCUGGAGCUGCUCAAUACGCUCAUCGAUCAGACAACGAAGGACCUCACCAAGAUCGAACGCACCAAGUUCGAGACUUUGAUCACCAUUCACGUGCACCAGCGCGAUAUUUUCGAUAUUUUGUGCCGGAUGAACGUGAGGCACGUGCACGACUUCGAGUGGCUGAAGCAGUGCCGGUUUUACUUCAAGGAGGAGACGGACAAGACCUUGAUCGUAAUUACCGACGUCAUAUUUUCGUACCAGAACGAGUAUUUGGGCUGCACGGAUCGAUUGGUGAUUACUCCCUUGACGGACAGGUGUUACAUCACGUUAGCUCAGGCGUUGUCGAUGAGCAUGGGUGGCGCCCCCUGUGGUCCCGCCGGUACCGGUAAGACCGAGACAGUCAAAGACAUGGGAAAAACGUUGGCGAAGUACGUCGUGGUCUUCAAUUGCUCAGACCAAAUGGACUAUCGAGGUUUGGGACGGAUCUACAAAGGUUUGGCCCAGUCUGGAUCGUGGGGUUGCUUUGACGAGUUUAACCGCAUCGAACUUCCUGUGCUGUCGGUGGCUGCCCAACAGGUCGCGGUGGUGCUGGGCGCCAAAAAGGAGAAGAAGAAGUCGUUCGUGUUCACGGACGGCGAUACCAUCGAACUCUGCACGGAGUUUGGAAUUUUCAUCACCAUGAAUCCCGGAUACGCGGGACGCAAGGAGCUACCCGAGAACCUAAAGAUACAAUUCCGCACAGUUUCCAUGAUGGUACCGGACAGGCAGAUAAUAAUAAGGGUCAAGCUGGCCAGCUGCGGGUUCCUGGAGAACAUAACCUUGGCGCGGAAAUUCUACACCCUGUAUAAGUUGUGCGAGGAGCAGCUCACCAAGCAGGUGCACUAUGACUUCGGAUUGCGCAACAUCCUCUCGGUACUGCGCACCCUGGGGGCGGUGAAGCGAGUCAAUCAAAAGGACGGGGAAAGCACGAUCGUAAUGCGGGUCUUGCGCGACAUGAACCUGUCAAAGCUGAUUGACGAGGACGAGCCGCUGUUUAACUCGCUAGUUUCGGAUCUGUUCCCAACUCAAAGCUUGGAGAAGACCGCCUAUCCCGAACUGGAGGAGGCCAUAAGUACGCAAGUUGAGGAGGCCGUUUUGGUUAACCACGCCGCUUGGCAGAUUAAGUUAAUUCAGCUCUACGAGACUCAGAGGGUGAGGCAUGGGAUCAUGACGUUGGGACCAACAGGCGCGGGGAAGACCACCUGCAUCCGUACGCUGAUGAAGGCACUGACGCAGUUAGGCACCGCCCACCGCGAAAUGCGCAUGAAUCCUAAAGCGAUCACUGCGUCGCAGAUGUUUGGACGCCUGGACGUGGCGACCAACGAUUGGACCGACGGCAUUUUCUCGGCUCUUUGGAGGAAAACUUUAAAGCUGCGAGACGACGAGUACGUCUGGCUUGUACUCGACGGGCCGGUCGACAGUAUUUGGAUCGAGAACCUCAACUCGGUGCUCGAUGACAAUAAAACGUUGACUUUGGCGAACGGCGACCGGUUAUCCAUGGCGCCGACCUGCAAGAUCAUCUUCGAACCCCACAACAUUGACAACGCAUCUCCGGCCACAGUCUCGCGCAACGGUAUGGUCUACAUGAGCUCAUCGGGACUCACCUGGAAGCCAGUCGUACAGGCUUGGUUAAAGGCGAGAAGCGUCAAAGAGCAGGAGGUUUUUGACGCGGUGUUUCAGGCAUCCUUCAGCACCCUCUACACUUGGUUCACCCAAAACCUUUCGCCGGUAAUGGAAGUUCUCCAAUGCAACGUCACCUUGCAAAUCCUGAACUUGCUGGAGGGCCUGGUGCCCGCGCAGGUCGAAGAAACCGAAGACGUCUCCGCGUCAAAGUCGGAUCACGGCGACAUGGACGACGAUCUCGCCGAGGAAACGGUGAAAAGCGCGGAACCGGUCGAGCUACUCACCGCCGAGCACUUAUCCAAGCUCUACGUCUUCGCGUUAACGUGGGGCAUGGGUUCGCUGCUCGAAACGCAGGAUCGCGCCAAGUUCGACGCCUUCCUCAAGGAGAACCUGCAAAACCUCGAUCUGCCCGUCAAUAACUCGCGGAACGUCAACGCGACAGUUUUUGACUACGUCGUCAACGGGAGCGGGGAGUGGGAGCUGUGGAGCACGAGGGUCACCAACUACGUCUACCCCGAACUGGCGACCCCUGACUAUGCAAGCAUCCUGAUACCGAUCACCGAUAACGUUCGCAUCGACUACCUCAUCGAGGUCAUCGCGAAGCAGGCCAAGGGCGUCCUGCUCAUCGGCGAGCAGGGCUCGGCGAAGACCGUGAUGAUCAAGGCCUACAUGAAGAAGGCCAACCCCGAGAACUAUCUCAUACGCUCGUUCAACUUCUCGAGCGCGACGUCACCGUAUCAAUUCCAGAAGACCAUCGAAAGUUACGUGGAGAAGCGGAUGGGUAACACUUUCGGACCGGGCGGCGGUAAAAAAAUGAUAGCGUUCAUCGACGACAUUAACCUCCCCGAGAUCAACUGCUGGGGCGACCAGGUUACGAACGAAAUUGUCCGGCAGACGAUGGACAUGUGCGGGUUUUACAGCCUGGAGAAACCGGGCGAGUUUACGGCCGUCGUCGAUCUGCAGUUUGUCGCGGCGAUGAGUCAUCCGGGCGGCGGCCGCAACGACAUACCGUCGAGGUUGAAGCGUCAUUUCUGCAUAUUGAACUGCCCCUUGCCGACCGAGGCCUCGAUCGAUAAGAUCUUCGGGGUCAUCGGCCAGGGACAUUAUAACGUGAAGCGGGGGUUCGCGGUUGAUGUGCGCAACCUGGUGAAGCGUUUAGUGCCGAUCACUAGAUUGCUUUGGAGCGUGACCAGGGCGAGAUUGCUUCCGACGCCCGCCAAGUUUCACUACGUCUUCUCGCUACGGGACUUGUCCCGAAUCUGGCAGGGGAUGGUGGGAACUUUGUCGACUGUGAUCGAGUCGGAGAGCUGCUUGAUGAUAUUGUGGAAGCACGAGUGCACGCGGGUGUUCUCGGACCGAUUCACCAUAAUGGAGGACAAGGCGUGGUUCGACGAGCAUAUUCUGGCGAUGAUCGAGAAGGAGUUAGGCCCGCAGUACCGGACGAUGUCGUUGCCCAACCCUGUCUUUGUGGAUUUCAUGAGGGACGCGCCCGAGCCGACGGGGGAAGAAGGCGAGGAGGCCGAUAUGGAGCUGCCCAAAGUCUACGAGCCAGUGAGUGACGACAACGAGCUAAGGGAGCGCUUGGAUAUGUUUUUGGCUCAGUUCAAUGAGAUGGUGCGUGGCUCUGGCAUGGACCUGGUGUUCUUCCCCGACGCCAUGCUGCACCUCGUGAAAAUCUCGAGAGUGAUUCGCCAUCCGCGUGGAAACGUAAUGCUCGUCGGCGUCGGCGGCAGCGGAAAGCAAUCUUUGACGAAACUGUCAACGUUCAUAGCCGGAUACAAGAGCUUCCAAAUCGCACUGACACGCUCAUACAACAUCGCCAACUUCCUCGAGGACAUCAAGGCUUUGUAUCGAUCGUGCGGGUGCCAGGCGAAAGGCACCACCUUCAUAUUUACCGACCUCGACAUCAAAGAGGAGGGAUUCUUGGAGUACCUCAACAACAUCCUCUCCUCGGGCGUCAUCUCAAACCUGUUCACAAAGGACGAGCAGUCGGAAAUAGUCCAGGAGCUCACGCCGAUCAUGAGGAGGGAAAAUCCGAAAAGAACCCUCAACGCGGAGGUCGUAAUGGAAUACUUCAUGAACAGGACGUGUCAGAAUUUGCACGUCGUCCUCUGCUUCUCGCCCGUCGGAGAAAAAUUCCGCAGUCGUGCCAUGAGAUUUCCGGCCCUAAUCUCAGGUUGCACCCUGGAUUGGUUCCAGCCGUGGCCCAAAGACGCCUUGGUUUCCGUCGCCACUCACUUCUUGAGCAGCUUCGAUAUCGCGUGCACCGAUAAGGUGAAGCAGGACCUGGUAGUGGCGCUCGGUUCGAUUCAGGACAUAGUCACGGAGACCUCCAUCGACUACUUCCAGAGGUUCAGGCGCGCGACCCACGUCACGCCCAAAUCGUACCUGAACUUCAUCGCCGGCUACAAGAGCAUCUACCAGAGCAAGCGGGAGGAGCUAAGCGAAGGCGCGUUGAGAAUGGAUACCGGCCUGGAGAAGCUCGCCGAGGCGUCCGCUUCGGUCGAGAUAUUAAAGAAGGAACUCGCCGCCAUGAAAAAGGAGCUGGCCGAGGCGUCGCAACGCGCCGAAACCGUCCUGACCGAGGUGACCGAACGGGCGAGCCAAGCCGAAACCGUAAAAAACCAAGUGCAAAUCGUCAAAGAAAAGGCCGAAAUUUUGGUAUCGUCGAUUGCCGUAGAGAAGGCGUUGGCCGAGGAGAAGUUGGAGGCGGCCAAACCGGCACUGGAAGAGGCGGAGGCGGCACUCAACACGAUUAAACCCGCGCACAUCGCGACCGUCAGAAAACUGGGAAGACCGCCCCACCUGAUCAUGAGAAUCAUGGACUGCGUGUUGAUCCUUUUCCAGCGAAAGUUGCUGCCUGUAACCGCGGACACGGCGGCUCCCAGCCCGAAACCUUCCUGGGCCGAUUCGCUCAAGAUGAUGGCGUCCACGACCUUCCUGCUCCAGCUGCAGAACUACCCCAAGGAUAUCAUUAAUGACGAGAUGAUCGAGUUUUUACAGCCUUACUUUGAAAUGGAGGACUACAACAUGGAUACGGCCAAGCGAGUUUGCGGAGACGUCGCCGGGUUACUAUCGUGGACUAAGGCUAUGGCCUUCUUCCAUGGCGUUAACAAGGAGGUGCUUCCACUGAAAGCAAACCUUACGUUGCAAGAAGCGAGACUGAAGGUGGCCAUGGAAGACCUGGCGGGAGCGGAAAGGCAACUAGAAGAGCGGGAGCAAUCCCUGAGGGAAGUCAAAGAGCAAUACGACAAAGCCGUGAUGGAGAAGCAGCGUUUGACGGACGCCGCCAACUCCUGCCUUAGAAAAAUGAACACCGCCACGACGUUGAUCAACGGACUCGGUGGCGAGAAGGUGCGCUGGACGCAGCAGAGCAAAGAGUUCAAAGCGCAGCUCGGACGGCUGGUCGGCGAUGUUCUCCUGGCGACCGGUUUCCUAUCCUACUGCGGCCCUUACAACCAAGAGUACCGCAACAACCUGGUGAAAACGUGGAUGCAGAACCUGGAGGCGCGCGAAAUUCCCUACACUGUCAACCUGAACAUCAUCAACAUGCUCGUCGAGAGCAACACCGUUUCCCAGUGGACGCUGCAGGGACUGCCAAACGACGAGCUCUCCGUGCAGAACGCCCUCGUCGUCACCAAAGCCCGAUCGUAUCCGCUCCUAAUAGAUCCCCAAACUCAGGGAAAAAUGUGGAUCAAAAACAAGGAGGCGAACAACAACCUCCAACUCACCACGUUAGAGCACAAGUACUUCCGCACUCACCUCGAGGACUGCCUCUCGCUAGGCCGCCCGCUUCUAAUCGAAGAUAUCGACGUUGAUCUCGACCCAGUUCUCGACAACGUGCUCGAGAAGAACUUCAUCAAAUCCGGCUCGAUAGAGAAGGUGAUAGUCGGCGACAAAGAGUGCGACGUCCUCAAGGGCUUCAUGCUGUACAUCACCACGAAGCUCCCCAAUCCCCCGUACUCGCCGGAAAUAAGCGCGAAAACCUCCAUCAUCGAUUUUACGGUAACCAUGCUGGGUCUCGAGGACCAACUGUUGGGGAGGGUGAUCCUGAUGGAGAAAACUGAGCUGGAGGACGAGCGCGUCGCGCUCUUCGAGUCGGUAAUGCAAAACCAGUGCAGAAUGAAGGAGCUCGAGACGAACCUGCUGAGCCGUCUGAAUUCGACGCAGGGUUCGUUGGUCGACGACGAGGAGCUAAUCGAGGUGCUGGAGGUGACGAAGGUCACCUCCGAGGAGGUCAACCAAAAGUUGUCGGUCUCCGUCGUGACCGAGAAGAAGAUCAACAUCGCGCGAGAGGAAUUUAGGGCGGUCGCCGCGCGGGGGUCGAUCCUCUACUUUCUCAUAGUGGAGAUGAGCAACGUGAACGUCAUGUACCAGAACUCGCUGAAGCAGUUUCUCGGUAUUUUCGAUAACUCGAUCACGAAGUCGACUAAGAGCGCCGAUACCGAGGAGAGGAUCAACAUAAUUCUGAAGUAUUUGACGUACGAGGUGUGGGCGUUUACACAGAGAAGCCUGUACGAGCGCCACAAGGCGCUGUUCACGCUGAUGAUGGCGAUGAAGAUCGACCUGCACAAGGCCGUAAUUACGCACGAGGAAUUCCUGAGCUUCAUCAAGGGGGGCGCCUCGCUCGAUCUCAACGGGGUUCGCCCGAAGCCGUUCCGUUGGGUACUCGACAUUACCUGGCUGAAUUUGGUCGAAAUCCAAAAGUAUCGGAUCUUCGCCGACGUUCUGGAUAAGAUCGAGCAAAAUGAGAAGGAGUGGAGGAGCUGGUACGAGAAGGAGAGGCCGGAGGAGGAGGAGAUACCGUGCGGUUACCAGAAGUCAUUGGACGUCUUCCGGAAGUUGUUGUUGGUGAGGUCUUGGAGUCCCGAUCGGACGUUGUCGCAGGCCCGAAAUUACAUCAUGGACUCGUUGGGCAAACAGUACGGGGAGCCGCCGAUCUUGGACCUGGAGCAGACCUGGCUCGAAUCUUCCCCGGAAAUUCCGCUCAUAUGCAUUUUAUCGAUUGGCUCGGAUCCGUCGCCCCAGGUUCUCGCGCUGGCGAAGAGUAAAGACAUAGCGAUCAAGGCGGUUUCGAUGGGUCAAGGGCAGGAGGUGGUGGCGCGCGAUAUGAUCGAUACGGCGAUGCAAGGAGGCGGCUGGGUCUUGCUUCAGAAUGUACACUUGUCGCUACCGUUCGCCUCGGAAGCCAUGACGAUGAUUGCCGAUGGCGAAAAAUUGGAGGAGUCGUUUCGCUUGUGGCUGACGACGGAAGUGCACGAACAAUUUCCGAUUGGUCUUCUACAGAUGUCGAUUAAGUUCACGAACGAGCCACCUCAGGGAAUUCGUGCAAGUUUGAAACGGACCUAUCAAAGUAUCAGCCAGGAUUUCCUGGACUAUUCCACGCAGCCUCAGUGGCCGCCAUUGUUGUACGCCGUGGCAUUUCUGCAUACGGUCGUGCAGGAACGGCGUAAGUUCGGCCCGCUCGGCUGGAACGUACCGUAUGAAUUCAAUCAAGCCGAUUUCGCGGCGUGCGUGCAGUUCAUUCAAAACCACUUGGACGACAUGGACCCGAAAAAGGGCGUUUCCUGGCCCACUGUCUGUUACAUGUUGGGCGAGGUUCAGUACGGAGGACGAGUCACGGACGACUUUGAUAAACGCCUGCUGACCACGUUCACCCAGGUCUGGUUCUGCGACGUCCUCCUGCGGCAAGGCUUCGAGUUCUACAAGGGGUACAAGGUGCCACAAACCAGAAGCUUGCAGGGCUACAUCGACUACAUCAACGGGCUACCGUCGGCGGACAUACCCGAAGUAUUCGGCCUGCAUGGAAACGCCGACAUUACCUACCAGAUUAACAGCAUUAAAGGCAUUUUGGAUACCAUCGUCAACGUGCAGCCGAAAGAGGGGGGUGGCGGGGGAGGAGAAACGCGCGAAAGUAUCGUUUACAGCUUGGCCAACGACAUGUUGGAUAAGUUGCCGCAGGAGUACAACAGCUUUGAGGUCAAAGACGCCUUGCAGCGCAUGGGCCCUCUAUUGCCCAUCAACAUUUUCCUGCGCCAAGAAAUUGACCGCAUCCAAAAAGUCAUUAAACAGGUGCGAUCGACCCUUACCGACCUGAAAUUGGCCAUCGACGGUACGAUCGUGAUGAGCAACGAUCUUCGGAAGGCGCUCGACUCAAUGUACGACGCUCGCAUUCCCGACUGCUGGCUGAAAGUGUCCUGGGAAUCGGCAACCUUGGGUUUCUGGUACACGGAGCUGCUAGAAAGAGACGGCCAAUUCCGCACGUGGUGCAACAACGGCAAGCCGUACGUGUUUUGGAUGACGGGCUUCUUCAACCCCCAAGGUUUUCUAACCGCCAUGCGACAGGACGUGACCAGAGCGCACAAGGGAUGGGCUUUGGACUCCGUGGUGCUCCAAAACUUGAUCACGCGCUACAACAAGGACGACAUCAAGGAGGCGCCGGCCGAGGGCGUCUACAUCCACGGUCUGUUCUUGGAAGGCGCGAGCCUCGAUCGAAGAACGGGAAAGUUGAUAGAGAGCAAGCCUAAGGUCUUGUACGAGCUGAUGCCCGUCAUUUACAUCUACGCGAUCAAUACGACCGCCGGCAAGGAUCCGAAGUUGUACGAAUGUCCGAUUUAUCGCAAGCCGCAAAGGACCGAUCAGAAGUACGUCGGAUCGAUCGACUUUGAGACUGACUACAAUGCAAGACAUUGGACGCUUAGAGGGGUUGCGCUUUUAUGCGAUAUUAAGUAAAUGUUAAAUGUUAUUUAGUAAAAAGAUAGUUUCUUUUGUUAUUUGUACUCAGUAUGAUCUGAAACCUGUAUC